AUGGAUUCACUUGAUGCCCAAAGGAAAUACCUGGUGACCUGCUCGGAGUCCCUUAUAUUAAGCCAUGGACAGGGACCAGGUUUGGACCUGGUGGAGAAAGAGACUGACCCUCAACAGGUUGUUAUGGUCAAUCUGAGCUGCUUACUGCUGAAAAACUUGGAUAAUGUGGGAAGCUGCAGGUCACUAAGAGUAUGCAUCUUGGCGGACAAUUUUAUAUCCACGAUAGAUGCUCUCAUCGCAUGUGUGCAUAUAGUGAAGUUGGAUCUUAAAGGAAAUCAGAUAACCCAACUCCCCGGCGUAGUGUUCUGGGACAGCCUGAGACGACUCCAGCUGCUCCAUCUCCAUGACAACAACAUGGGGACUAGAAAGAACAUUGAGGGGUUGUCAGGCUGUCCUAACCUCACAGCAUUGACCCUCUAUGACACACCGCUCAGCCUAAAGGGAAACUACAGACACUGCAUCAUCAACAGCAUCUGGUCACUGAAGGCUCUGGAUAACUUUGUGGUCUCUGACGAGGAGAUCAUUGAAAACUGGAUCCUCCCUCUGCAUUUCAAAACCCUCUGUCAUAAUUUUUACUUGAACCUCUAUCCAGCAGCUAAGAUGGGGCCUUAUCAGAGUGAAAUGAGAGCAAUCCAUAAGAUUAUAUCAGAGGUCAAUAGGAUCCAGUCCGUUUAUUCUCCAACGUUGAUCAUCCAACGGUGGAUCAGGGGACAUCUGACCAGAAAAAGGCUUGGACUUGUCCCUGCUGUGCCGAGCCGGGAGAGGUUCAGCAUCAGAGUCCAUCUGUCCCCCAUUGCCUCUGUGGAGACAGACAGUCAACAGACCCAGGAGGAGACAUGGGUCAAAGAGUGCACAGCUAAACAGCACCUGCAGGUUUUACAAGAGGUGGUGACAAGCCAGGCGUCUUUAGAGGCCAAGAAACAGAAAGACAUCAGUCCUCCGCAUAACACCCCUCAGAACAGUAAGACCAUGAGGUCCAACAGAGCCAAGUACAGUGAGGCGGAAAGAGACUUCAGUGCUGCAGAGGAGUUCUAUGAAGAGAAGCUUGGGAAAAUGUGUUUCCGCCUCAUCGGCUUCAAGGCUCUGGUCCACCAGGUCGAGCCUGUCAGCAACAUGCUCAUCUCCCGGCAGCAGGGGGGACGGGACAUCCGCAGCGCCAUCCGCCUGUUCCACACACAGCGUCCCGAGACACCCAAGCUGCCCCACCCUCGACCACCCCUAAUCAACGCCGAGAAGCGUCUGAUGGGUCGCUGCCUUGGCUCCAUCAGCCUAGCCCCCUUCCAGGUGAUCCAGCGGGCCUACCGGAUGAGGGAGCAGGCCGAGGCCCUGCAGAGGAGGGCCCAGCAGGUGGCCCAUUCCCAGGCUCGGAGGGAGGGCGCCCAGGGCCAGCGCCACGGCCUCCUGGAGGCCCGCAGGGAGGUAGUGCUCCAGGUGAGAGAGAAGGAGCAGAAGGAGGUGGAGGGGGCCCUGGCCCUGCUGAGAGCUAGCCGGGACAGGGAGGUGCAGGAGGUCAGGCAGAGACACGCUGUGUUCCUGGAGGAGAAGAGGAGGCGUGCAUCGGAACGGGCCAUGGUUGUCGCCUUCAGCAGGCAGCAUGCCUUCCUGUCCAAGACGGUCAACAGGCAUGCUGUGCGGCAGAGGCAGAGUCACGCCCAGCAGGAGAGGAGUGUCAUGGUUGCCAGCAGCAGGCAGCAGUCCAGGAUUCAGAGGGAACGCAUAAUGGGAUGCAUAGAGGACAGGCAACAGUCUCUAAAGGAGGAGGCCAUUACAUCCAGAGUGAACAGAGACACUUAUCUGGCCACGAAGCACACCAACCAACUCCUCCGAGCCCAGGAGAGAGUGGCCAGUGUGAAGGCCAGCCAUGCCAAGAUGGAGGUCCUGCAUCCUGUACCGGUCAACCAGACUGCCUGA